ACUCCCCUUUGUUUAUCUAAGUGUUCUAUUCAGGAAGAGAUUUGGUGGACGCGGUGGUUCUGGUAGAUCAUAGAGCGUGUUGGCAUUUUUGGCAUCUUGUGCUGUCAUCCGUAAGGGAGGAUCGUGUGCCGUAUAAUAUAAAUGUGCGCCUGCUUUGGAAACCUCUGGGGCCGUGGGAAACCCAGGUCUGAUCACAGCGCCAGGAACUAAUGCCAUGCAGCUUUAAUAAGCGAGAGCCGACGGGGGACACAUUUAAAUCAGUCUGCAGUCUGACAGUUUUUCUUGUCAAUAACUAAAAAAAGACCCCUCCCCCCAAAAAAAUCAGAAAAAAACGAAAGGAAUUUUCACACUUUCCCCAAUAGAUACGAUAAGGAAAAGACACACUCAAAAAAAUAAAGAAAACCGAGGUAACAUAAAUCAAUUAAAGACUCGUCCGAUUGUGUUGACCAACCGACCCAAAAGUCCCAGUCCCUCGUCCGGGCGUAUCGACGUCGACGGGAAAGCGAAGGCCUCCUGAGUCGCCGUAACAAGGAGUACAGGCGAGACAGGAUGUGGAGUCUGUUGGGCCUCUUCCUCCUCCUCCUCCUGGCAGCUGCAGCGACGCCCGGGGGAGGCAGCCUCACGCACUCUGUGUCGCGGCGCUGCAACGACACGAUCUCCAGCGUGUACGAGAGCGAGGGCGUCGUCACCUCCCCUGGCUUCCCCUCGCGCUACGACCCCCAAGCCAGCUGCUCCUUCACCUUCGUCGGCGCCUCUCACCAGAGGGUCAGGAUCCUCUUCACCGAGUUUAACCUAAAGGAACCGCCUCAGCACCUGCGGCCGCACGAGAGAUGUCUUCACACGGACUGGGUGGCUGUCUACAACGUGCUUAACGGGAGUCGCAAGCAGGAGAUUGAUCACUUUUGCGGCACGACGGUCCCCAACUCCGUCAUGUCUGCCUCAUCUGGUCUCCAGCUGGUUUUUAAAUCGGGGUCAAGGGGACCUAUGGAGGAGGACCUGCCAAUUUCCCGCAUGGGGUUCUCGGCCAGGUUCAAAUUCGUUUCGGAUCUCGGCCUCGAGAGCGGAAGGCAGGUGUCGGAUGGAAAGUGCCACUUCGUCUUCAACAGCAGUUUGGCACGGAAUGGCACGAUCUAUUCACCCAAUCCCGAGGGCUUCUACCCACUGGACACCACCUGCGUCUAUAUCUUCUAUGGACUGCCGGGCGAGAUCGUUAGGAUCAUUUUCAAGUACUUCGACGUGGAAGGGGUUUUGCCAUGCAAUUCGGAAUCCGACAGCGACUACCUCGAAUUUUCCAACUUCCCGACCGCCGACCGCAAGAUCCCGACCUUCUGCGGAUACAUGACACCGAACGUCAUCCACAGCGAUUCCUCGUAUUUUAGAAUGACGUUCAGAAGCAACAGCAAAUUCGGCGGAACUGGCUUUGCGGCCGAUUAUCAGUUUCUGGAUAAUUCGAGACAUCCCUUUGCUAUCAAGAGGGUCAUUGGGGCGGCUUUCGUAAAUGGAGACAUUGGUGCAAGAGUGCCCAGAUCAUCAAAGUCAAGCAAAUUUAAUCUUGGAAGUGACUCUCACUUCAUUGUUGAUCUUCCAAACUCUGCAGUUAGAUGUUCCAGUUUAAAAGGACUUGUCUAA